CUUAAAACACGUACCAUUCUUCGAUAUUAUUACAAUCUCUUCCUCUUUUAUUAGAUCGCAAUACAUCACUACAGCCUAAACAUGGCACAUAGUAAUCGCGAUCCAACCACCUCUCGCCACGUGGCGGUAAUUGGAGCCGGAGCCGCUGGGCUCGUGACUGCUCGUGAGCUACGUCGUGAAGGCCACUCAGUGGUCGUGUUAGAGCGCGGGAGCCAGAUUGGAGGCGUGUGGACUUACACCUCUCAAGUGGAACCUGACCCGCUAAGCCUCGACCCAACCCGACCCGUAGUCCACUCGAGCGUUUACAAAUCCCUACGCACCAACAUCCCCCGAGAGUGCAUGGGUUUCACCGACUUCCCUUUUGCGGCCCGACCACACGACGGGUCAAGGGAUCCGAGAAGACAUCCGGGUCACAGUGAGGUUCUUGCUUACCUGCGAGACUUUGCUAAGGAAUUCGAUGUAGAGGAGAUGAUAAGGUUCGAGACGGAGGUUGUUAGGGCGGAACCGGCGGCGGAUGAGGAGAAUAGAGGGAAGUGGAGGGUGGAGUCUAGAAGCUCCGAUGGUGCUGCCGAUGAGAUAUACGACGCCGUCGUGGUUUGUAACGGACACUAUACAGAGCCACGUCAUGCUCAUAUCGCUGGCAUAGAUUCAUGGCCAGGCAAGCAAAUUCAUAGUCAUAAUUACCGUGUUCCUGAUCCAUUCAAAGAUCAGAUAGUAAUAGUGAUCGGAAGCUCAGCGAGUGGCGUUGAUAUAAGCAGAGAUAUAGCAAAAGUCGCUAAGGAAGUCCACGUCUCGUCUAGAUCGACUUCACCAGAUACCUACGAGAUGCUUCCCGGUUACGACAAUCUAUGGCUUCACCCAGUGAUUGAAACUGCCCGCAAAGAUGGUUCAGUGGUUUUCCAAAAUGGAAAGACGGUUUACGCAGAUACCAUAAUGCAUUGUACCGGGUACAAGUAUUACUUCCCGUUUCUUGACACAAAAGGAGAAGUGACGGUCGAUGAUAAUCGCGUUGGACCGUUGUAUAAGCAUGUAUUUCCUCCGGCUCUUGCCCCCGGACUUUCUUUCAUCGGCUUACCAUGGCAGAUCACUCCCUUUCCGAUGUUUGAGCUUCAAAGCAAGUGGGUUGCAGCGGUUUUAUCUGGAAGAGUAUCUCUCCCAUCGCAAGACGAGAUGAUGGAAGACACCAAGGCUUUCUACAAUAAGCUCGAAGCCUCGGGUAUUCCCAAGCGAUAUACGCAUUUGAUGCCAGAUGACUCCCAGUUUGAAUACGAUAAUUGGCUUGCGGAUCAAUGUGACUAUCCACGGAUAGAGAAAUGGAGAGAAGAAAUGUUUUACAUUGGCUUCAAGAGAAUUUAUGCACAAUCCGCUACUUACAGGGAUAAUUGGGACGAUGAUCACCUCAUCGUAGAAGCAUACGAUGAUUUUGUUAAGUUUAUGUCAAGCUUUCCAGAACUUUUGCCGUUGCUGAAAACCUAAACGGGUGAUAAAUAUGACUUGUAAGCUUUGUUAUGUGAAGAAGGUGCGUGUGUAUGUUUUGUAAGUGUUUCUUGUGGCUACUUUGUUUCCAAAAUGUGAAAACGUAGAGUAAUAAGGCUAAUAGCCUAAUAAGAAUGUGGGACUACAUGUAAUAAUAAUGUAUUUUGGGGACUACAUAUAAGAAAUUAUAUGGAUGAGUU